AUGUUAGCAUUCUGUGCGCAUUACGGAUUUGUAUCUUCAAAUGCGACAUCAGUUUUUCAAUUUACCGAAGAAGCACGAGUUGCUCUUUGUCCGUUUGUUAGUACCACAGGAAUGAGAUGCUUCGAUGGCGUUCCUUUACCUCGUUCUGGCAGAAGCUUUGGUUCGGACUUUACGAAAUUACCACGUGGCGUCGGUAUCAGUAUCGAUAGAAGUACUGGUCGUCUUAUGGCUCCAGCGGUACAAUUAACAUAUACGCCCGCAGGCAGUCGUACAUGGACCGAUGGUCACACUGGUAUGAUUUUCGAUUUAUUUAAUGAAGCCACACUGGGCCCAGCUCAUCAAGUGGCAGCCGCUUAUGACACUGCUCGUAUUCAUACUUUUCACAAUGCUUCCCGGUUGAAUGCAGUAUGGCGACAAACAUUUGCUGAUGAUGCAGUUCAUGGUGGAGAAUUAGCUCGCCGACCUGAAAUGCUUGAAUAUUUUAAGAACUAUUUUAGCCGUGAUGAGGCUCUGGCACUGUCUCAACGUGUGAUUGGCCUGUACACACUAAGAAUAAAUGCCUCAGCCAUACAGCUUAAUGAAUUUGCACUUCGUGCGCUUUCACAGCUAACAGCAACGUUUGAUGCAGAUCUCUAUGAAGAUUUUCUCAACACUUGGGGAACCCAUAUUAUCACUAGAUCACUUGUGGGUGGCAUGAUAGAAGAACGAGCUACAGUACCACGAUGCUCUCAUGUUUCUGAUGAUGCUAGGUUCGCUCACUGCGUACCAUUCAGUGACUCGGGUCCAAUCAGUUCCAAUUGUACCUACUAUGCGAGUCAAAUACGCGUGAUUUCAAAACGUCUUCUUGGUGGAAAUGUGGAAAUCAAUAACGAGAACCAAUGGAGAAGAACGCUAGCUGUCAGACCUGCUCUUCUGCAGAUUCUGGAGAUGGUUCCGUGGUCCGACUUUAUCACCGAUAAUGCGGUGAAACAAAACUUGAUCGCAAUCAUGCGGAAUCGACAGAGGUAUUUUGAUUUUAUACAGGCAGCAUCAGUUGAACUAGUCGAUUCACGCUUACAACCAUGCGUUUCAGGUGCUCAGAAAAUGAUUAAUUCACCGUAUAAAUCCUCAAGUAUUCUAUAUCCUAUUUUGAGAGCACGUGGCCUCAGUGAUACAAAUAGAUUGACUAUUAUAGCCAGUUAA